ACCUCCUCUUUCUUCAUCAUCGUUCAUCUCCCUCUUUCAAUCUCAGAGUUCUGUCAUCCCUUCAAACCAUCUCCUCCAUCACCUCCGCCGUCACCACCCCGCCAUGCCGAGCCGAUUCCCAGGGGCCAUCACGCAGGACUGGGACACCGUCGUCCUCCACAAGUCGAAACCCAAGUCCCAGGACCUCCGCGACCCCAGGGCCAUCAACAAGGCCCUCCGCUCCGGUGCCCCCGUCCUGACCGUCAAGAAGUCCGACGCCGGCUCCAACAAGAAGUCCUCAGCCCCGGCCAUCAACGCCCGGAAGCUGGACGAGGCCGCGGAGCCGGCGGCGCUCGAGAGGGUGCCCGCCGAGGUACGGCAGGCCGUGCAGAGGGCGCGGCUGGAGAAGAAGAUGAGCCAGGCCGAGCUGGCGAAGCAGAUAAACGAGCCGCCCAAGGUGGUGCAGGAGUACGAGAACGGCAAGGCGGUGCCGAACCAGGCCGUGCUCGCGAAGAUGGAGCGGGUCCUCGGCGUCAAGCUCAGGGGCAAGAUCGGGAAGUGAUCGCGGGGGAGAAUCGAUGGCGUCUAAGGACGACUGCGGUUUAUGAUCUCUUCGCGAGAUGAGACUGAUAUUUGAAUAAUCGGCGAACGUAGUUGUAUGCUGCUUCUGUCUUCUCUGUAAAUGGAUAUGUAUGCCAACUUCUUAGUUUUGGUAAA